UGGUACUUCCUCUCUGGCCGACUUAGCUGACAGCACCCAGACCCAGGGCCAAGCCCUUGGCACUGGGACAGAUCUAGGGAUCAGCUACCUUGUCUUGACCCUGGGAUUGGCACCAGCUUCCAACCAGUAUUUGGCAAAACUUGUAUGUCCUUGUGAUGAACACGAACACUACAACUCUUGCAGCCCCCACCUCUCAAGGUAACACCUUCAUACCUCUGUUGUCUAUGAUCCUAUUGUCCAUGUCGCUGGCUGUGGGGCUUCCUGGCAACACCUUCGUGGUGUGGAGCAUCCUGAAAAGGAUGCGGAAGCGAUCAGUCACUGCCCUGAUGGUGCUGAACCUGGCCCUGGCUGACUUGGCCGUACUGCUCACUGCGCCCUUUUUCCUGUACUUCCUGGCCCAGCGCACAUGGAGCUUUAAACUGGCUGGCUGCCGCCUGUGCCACUAUAUCUGUGGAGUCAGCAUGUAUGCCAGCGUCCUGAUCAUCACAGCCAUGAGUCUGGACCGUUCACUGGCAGUGGCCAGUCCCUUUCUGUCCCAGAAGAUGCGCACCAAGGUGGCUGCCCGCUGGCUGCUGGCAGGCAUCUGGGUGGCAUCCUUCCUGCUGGCCACGCCAGUCCUCGUGUUCCGCACGGUGGUGAGAAUGUACAAGGAGACCGUGUUCUGCAAGGCAGAGUACCCCAGCGAAAAGCACAGGGCCUUUCAUCUGUUCUUCGAGGCCUUCACGGGAUUCGUGGUGCCCUUCCUGGUCGUGGUGGGCAGCUACUCUGACAUCAGCCGUCGGCUGCAGGCGCGGCGCUUCCACCGUAGCCGCCGCACGGGCCGCCUAGUGGUGCUCAUCAUCCUGGCCUUUGCGGUUUUCUGGCUGCCCUACCACGUGGUGAAUCUGGUCGAGGGGAGCCGCGCGCUGGCCGGGACGCUAGCCCAGUCCCGCCAGCAGCUGCAGAACGCCCGCUACGUGUGCAUCGCGCUGGCCUUCCUGAGCAGCAGCGUGAACCCGCUGUUGUACGCAUGCGCCGGCGGCAGUCUGCUGCGCUCGGCCGGCUUGGGCUUCGUCGCCAAGAUGCUGGAGGCCACUGGCUCCGAAGGGCUCAGCACCCGUCGCGGGGGCAGCCUAGGCAGGACUGUGAAGAAUGCCCCCGUGCCUGCGGAGACUGGCCCCGCUGAAAGCCUCGACCCUCUCAAGCAAAGCGAAUCGAACUAGGACUGGUAGAAGGACCCUCGCUUUCCUCCUAGAAGAAUGUCCCACGCUUUUUGACCCAAUUCUGUACCGGACUAUAGGUGUGGGGGGCGGG